CGAGCUCUCGGGCCAGACGUUUUCCGAGGAAAAUAUAGUAAAUAAUAUAUUCGGCCGGUUUCGGUUGCAAGGCGUAACGGGCAAGACCGACGAAGACGACGAUCUCAUCGUCGUUGGCCUGCGCUCAAGUCUAAGCACCAAUAGGCAAUGAUGACGAUAAUAAUAACGACGACGCGUACACGUGCCGACCGUCUCCAUCAUUCUCUCGCGAUUCACAAGUGUUCGCCGCCCGUUGUUUGGCCACCGGCCAGUUCGUCGUGAGAUCCGUAGCGUCUUUUUUUUUAUUAUUAUCGUUAAAUUUUUUUUAUAGCUUAACAGGACCCGAUCGGAUCCGAGUGGAGAGGAACUACUGCUGCCGCCGCUUUAUAUUAUUAUUAGCCGUUAUGUAAUAUUGUUCGAAACCUGGCACGGUUCCCGGCAUAGCUGCUGCCGCCGAGCGGUGGUAAACUUCCGAACAGCUAAAUAUAGAAGUAGUCGACUGAAGAGUCGCACCGACUUGCUCUCCGCUUCGGAAAUUCAAUACAAUCGCUGUCGUCUCCCGAGUGUGUGCGUCCGGCAGUGCGUCAGAAUGAGCGACGAAGUGCUGGAGUCGGUCAAGAAAUGCGUGGGCGUUAUAAAAGGUGCAAAGACGGACACUGAAAAAUUCGCCGCACUGUUUAUGGUCACUAAGACAGUGAAGGCCGAGAAAUGCAACCCUCGCUCCAAGCUUGCCCUGUUCGAAGCCAUCGAGUUCAAAUUCAUCAAGCGUUUGUUGCUCAGCGACGAAGUGCCAGCCGGCUGCCCGCCGUUUGUCUACAAGUCUGUGGCGAUGAGCAUACUCACAGCGCUGUGCAGUGUCCAAGAGGUUGCCACUCAUCAAGAAAUAUUACAGAAUGUUGACGUGUUUCUAGAUAUUGUACUCGGCGAAGGCGAUGAAGACGAGGACGAAGCAGACGAGGACAAUCUCAUGCUGGUUAAUGAGGCUUACAAGUGUUUAAAUUUUAUUGCAACAUUUGAACAGGGCUUAAAAGCACUGUUUGAUGUCGACACGGUAGGAAAAAUGUGUAAGGUGUAUUCACAAAAAAGCUUUCAGACAGAUGAAGCAUUGUCAUUGCUUGUGACUAUCGUUGAAAAGUUUGGUCCACCUUCCUGGGAAAACAAUGUCGAAAACUUUAACACACUGAUGAACAUCUUGGCUGUAGAUUUUGAAACUGACCACAGCGAACGAAAAUUUAAACUAUGUUCAAUACUUUCGCCUUUAUUAGGCAAUUGCCCAGUAGAAAUUGUACAAAAUUCACAAAACACUUGCGAUAAUGAAAUAUGGCCUUCCAAAUUAUUCUUAGGACUACGAGACAUAUUAACUAGUAAGCUUGUUAAAGCACAACGAGAUCCAGCCAUCAAGUUAGCAUCACAGAUGCUUACAACAUUUGGUGCUGAAUGGUCUCUACAAGAUGAAGCCAAACCAAAAGUAUUUUUCUUGAUGUUAAUACAUUUGGCUUCGAUUGAAAUACGUAUGCAGUUAGAAGAUAAAAAAUUUGAACAGGUGUUGGCUGCAGAAAAUUUACUUGGUUCAUGUUUCACAAUUCUAGAAAUAUCAAUUGCUUUUCUAUCGGCAGACACUUUAGAUUUAGAACAAAAAGAAAAACAGCAAACAUAUACGGCACUUAAAGGAGCAUUUACAGCAGUAUUAAACGUUCUAAAAACAUUGUCUGUAUCUAAAAAACCCUUAGAAACCAAAGAAAAAUGUUUUGUAUGUUUAAUGCUCAUGUCACUUUCUGCGUGGUUGACAUUAGAAACAUCUGCAAUGAAACCUGCUGUAAACAAUAUUUUGCCAUUUGCUUUACAGAUUGCCAAUGAAUCGUUUUUUGCAUAUCGAGCACGUUACAUAUCUGAAAAUGUCAAAUCUGAAGAUAAACCAGUAACAUAUGAUCCUUUGAGUUCCGUAGAUGUAUUGAGAGCAUUUUUACCAGCGUUAUGUCAUAUAACAGUAGAUGACAAGGGCCGUGCUGUAUUGUUAAAAAUUAAACAAGAAGAGGUAUUGCAAGAAUGUUUGGCUUUUCAUUGGUCAAUUGCUCAUUACAAAAAACCAUUGAUACCAAAAUCUGAAAGAUGUAAACCCAGAGGACCAGAACCCGAAAUCCCAGCUGAACGUCUGAAAAAAAUGGCUGACUCUAGAGGAGCAAUUAUUAGUAUAUGUAAUACAUUUAUGAAUAUUUGUGUUCUAGAAGUAGAUCAUGUGAAAGAUAGUCCAUUAUUUUUUACCCUUAUGAAAUUUGUGUUUGAUAAUCUACCUGAGUUAAAGAACAAUCAUGACAACCUCGUUGUAUAUGGCAACAUGGCCGUUUUGGGUUUAUUACUUCUGAAAUUGAAGACUGCGUACAUUAAGAAAAAUGACUUCUCUAUUUGCCGUUAUAUACAGUCAACCAUUCGAUUUUUAUGGGAUGCAUAUACAGUUGAUGAAAACAGCAAUAAUUCACGAUUUGCAUUAGGCCAGUUGGUUGUGACUAUGACUUAUAAAGAAUCGUGGAUGGAGUUGCAAGAGUUGUGGUUUUUAGGCAUGCAAAAUCUUAGUGGCAUCUUAACUCUUGUUCCAUGGAUAUCAGAAUUUGCAAUCGAAAGUGGUUGGGCAGAAGGUAUCAUAGACAUGUUAGUGAAAAUUAAGCCGGGCUCUCUUCCAACCAAUGUAAAAUAUGCUUAUGAAGAUUUACUAUGCCGCCUCAUUGAUGCAAACAGUGAUUUGGUAGCCACGCUCAAGAAAAAAGAUGCUAUUACUGCUUGCCGGGGUCAUAAAUUUAUGGAAUUAGGUAAAAAAUUAUUUUGAGAAUAAUUAUAUUGUAAAACCAUUUGUAUUUUAUUUUCUAUAGCAUUUAUACUUUUAAACAUUUUCAUUUUAUUGUAAACAAAAAAAAACAAUUAAUUAUAUACUAUAGUACUUGAGUCAAAAAGCAUAUUCAAUUAAAGACUAAUAUUAUUGAUAAGGAUAAAUAUUUAAAAAUAUAUUUUUAAUUUUAUGAAAUUAUGAAA